CACAUGCAUUUUAAAAUUUCAAAGUACUCAAAUAAAAAUAUAAAAUUGUAAUUUAAACAUGCCGAGUGCGCGACGACGCCGAUUUUCCGUACAAAAUGAAAUAGUAAAUCAAGAAAUCACAAAAUCUCAAAAUGAAACACAAAUCAGUCAACAUGAUUUAGGUAUCAAACCAAUGCAAAAUAAUAUUGGUAAUAAUUUGCGACAUAGAAAUAGAACGAAUCCAAAUACAUCAAAAAAAUCAUCAGCAUUAGAAAUUGUGACUGAAUAUGAAAGCAAUCAUUCCAUACCAAAUGUGCAAGAUAAUAAAAACUUAACUGUCAAUAAAGAGGUAACUGCUAGUUCGAGUAACAUUAAUCUUUUCACAAUUCUAAAUAACACAAAUCCACUACUUGCUAAAGAAUCAAAAGAAAACAUAAAAUACAAUAAUAACAAUGAAGGCAAAAAUCAAUAUAACGGAAAUAUGCGUCGAGACCGUACAAUGCGGCGUGAUAAGUAUCUUCACCGUAUAAAAGUUAGGAGUCCAAAGCGAAAGGUACCACCUAUGGAGAAAGAAAACAAAAGGAGAUCAAUAGGUAUUAGUACGAAGGAAACUGAUUGGCAGGAAGCAUGCAACAAAAGUGAAAUAGAAAUACAAAUGUCGCAAGAAGUUGUUGAUGUUGGUGAAAACACAGAGGAAGAAGAAAAAACAAGCAGCAAUUCUCUUGUAGACAUGUGCCGUAUUUGCCACAGCGGUGAAGCAGUUUCCUCAGAUCUGGGUAACCUGCUAUCGGCAUGUUCUUGUAGAGGAACUAUCGGACGAGUUCAUGUUAAGUGUUUGGAACAUUGGCUAACAGAAUCUGGGAAAUCGAGAUGUGAACUAUGUGGUACUAAAUAUGUAACGCGACGUGUUCACCGAUUCGGACUUCUCAAGGCUCUCAUCAUUUGGAUUCUUAGUCAAAACUCAAAGCAUAUGAUAGUGGAUUUCCUGGGCAUAAUGAUUAUGACACCGAUCGCAUUAGUGGCAGCUGGCCUGACGGGGAGGACGUUUGCCGGUCUGAUGGCGCAGGAUCAUCUAACGCAAUGGCCCCUCGCGUCUACCUUCGUUCUUGCGUGCAUGACUCUUGUGUGCUACUAUUGUUGGGUGGUAUCAGCUGUAACUCGUCAUGCACUCGGAUGGUGGAUUUGGUACAGAUCCCACUACGAAGUAAGGCUGCAGUUGCAACAAAGUGAAGAAUAAUUAAAGGAAAAAUAAUACCCUUUGCAAUUUAAAAUAUUUUAUGAAUUUUCUAAUUAAAAGUUAAGGCGUAGCUCAUAGCAACAGGAAGAUAACGAAUGUAACAAUUUCAACAUUAAAAUUAAA